AUGGCGCAAGUGCGCAAAUAUGCUGCUCUACCUGACCUGGACGAGUCCCCAGACACGUACGAGACACCGGAUUUAACAGACGACGCAUCUACAUUACCGACGUCAACAGCUUGGUCAGAAACCUCGGAUACAGAAGCAAACCCCAGCAUCAGCCGGACAAAAUUACAACCAGAUGAAGCGCGUUCACAAUUUCAAUCAUCGCGGGUCGAUGCACGUGAGACGGACUUUUCCGACCGCGUGAGCAGCAAAAGGAGGGCCUAUGUUGUGAGCAACAGAGAGCAAGGCCAAGACGGCAAGGACUACGACAGCGAGGAUGAGAAUGAGAGCUUGCAGAGGAAGCUGGCGCGACUGAACAGGGAGGUGCAGGAAGUGCAGAAUGAGCUGGACAAGAGGAAAAGCGGGUCGGACGAAACACAGGCACUCCCUGAGGAGGAGGACAUGGCCGCGCAAUUGGCGCACUUGAGCACAGCGUUGCAUGGUAUGCGCCAAUCGCAGUCUGCUCAGUCAAGGCUGAGUAAACAACUGGCAACCUCGACCACCGCGAAAGCAGAAGCUGUCGUGAUACCAAAACCCACCCGCACCGAAGAAGCGGCCAAAGAAAUAGCCGACACACAAGCGUUGAAUAAGGUCGCAGACUUUGAUGCUCGUCUCGCACUCCUCGAACGUCAGCUCGGCAUCACAUCCCUCGACACUCCCGAAGCCUCCACCACCACCUCGACUUUCACUCCAAUCAUACCCACCAUCUCAUUGCUAGAUCGCCAAUUAGCUCUCCUGACCUCUUCAUCCUCACAAUCACACAUCGACACACUGGCCCAAAAGCUCCAGCAACAACAGCAAGCAAAUUCUACUACCACAUCUGAUGGCUCGCAUGAAACACGUUCUCCAGAAGACAUGGCAAAACUCCGCGCGCUCUACGCUCUUUUGCCCACCUUGACAUCGCUCAGUCCAACACUACCGCCACUUCUGACUCGUUUACGAUCUUUGCGUACAUUACACGCCAAUGCCGUUGCAGCGAGCCAAACACUAGACGAUAUUGAGAGGCGGCAGGACGAAGCAGACAAGGAGAUACGAGAAUGGCGAGACGGUCUCAAAAAGGUGGAAGAAGCCGUUGCUAGAGCUGAGAGUGGCAUGUUAGAGAACAGUGCUGCUGUAGAAGUUUGGGUCAAAGAGUUGGAGGAAAGAGUCAAAACGCUUGUUUAG